CAUAAACUCAGUUAAAAUUGCCCUUUUAAAAUGUUCAACUGUAAUUGGGGUCACUGUACUUCCGGUUGCAGAUGAUGUGAAAUAUACAAAUUUUAUUUCAUAGAUUUUCUAAUUUGCAAAAUAUUUUCAUAAACUUUUUAAAUACAUAUUUGGAAAAGAUUUGCAAAAUAUUCUGCAAGUAUUUAUAGAACCAUACGAAACGUGUCAUAAAACCAAAACAGCAAACCAAUCAAAAAUCUCGAAAUCAAACAUCAAAACAAUUGGAAUUGUUAAUUGUUUAUAAUUGAGAAAGAAUCAACGAAUAAUUGCGAACGUUUUCCACAAUUCAAUCGGAAAGUAAACAAUAUUUAAGACAACGAAGUUCUACAUAAACAUACACUUUUGUUGUUUCACAUUAAUUCGCGCAGUUUUCUAAUUUGAUUUUCGAAAUCGCGUUCCGAUUAUUAUCAAAACAUUGUCGCUGUCGCUGCUGCUGCUGCUGUUGCUGCUGACGCUGUCAACGUCGACGUCGACGUCAAUAUCAACGCAGAUAGUGCACUGGAGGUGCUACGGCAGCAAACUCGUUCGAUUGCUGCACUCAAGAGGAAAUCUCAACUCAAGACGAAGGAAAAAAGCUGCACUUCAUAAGUCCGGCGCGUAGGAAAUCAGUCUUGGCCCCCAUAUUGAGUAAGAUCAAGAAUGGUGCAGAUGCCUCGGAUGCUGGCGAUAAGAAGCUUGGCAGUGAGAGCAGCGGAAGCGGUCAUAUAGCAGUUCAAAUCGAACCAGCUAGACGUGUCAAGCGGCAUAGCAUACACGGUAUGAUGGAGGAGGAGAAUACUAUAAGGCCGCAUCAGGAGAUCCGACAGCUGACGCUGGAGGAGAAGAAGUUCCUGCUGGCCGUGGAGCGUGGCGAUAUGGCGGGCACACGGCGAAUGCUACAAUGGGCCCAGGACACAGACAACAUCAAUGUGAACUGUGUGGAUCCAUUGGGCAGAACGGCUCUGCUGAUGGCCAUCGAUAAUGAGAACCUGGAGAUGGUGGAGCUGCUCAUUAACUACAAUGUGGACACCAAGGAUGCGCUGUUGCACUCCAUUUCCGAAGAGUUUGUCGAGGCUGUCGAGGUGUUGCUCGAUCACGAGAAUGUCACCUUUCAGACCGAGGGCAAUCACAGCUGGGAGUCCGCUUCGGAGGAAACAUCCACUUUUACGCCAGAUAUCACACCUCUCAUCCUGGCCGCACAUCGAGACAACUACGAGAUCAUCAAGAUUCUACUCGAUCGUGGCGCCGUGUUGCCCAUGCCACAUGACGUACGCUGUGGCUGCGAUGAGUGCGUGCAGUCGCGUCAGGAGGAUUCGUUGCGACACUCACGAUCUCGGAUUAAUGCCUAUCGUGCGCUGGCCAGUCCCAGUCUCAUAGCUCUGUCCUCCAAGGAUCCCAUACUAACCGCCUUCGAGCUGUCCUGGGAGCUGCGUCGUCUCAGCUUUCUGGAGCAUGAAUUUAAGAACGAAUACCAGGAGCUGCGCAAGCAGUGCCAGGACUUUGCCACAGCUCUACUCGAUCACACUCGCACCUCGCACGAGCUGGAGAUACUGCUGAACCAUGAUCCCACUGGACCUGUCUACGAGCACGGCGAACGCAUGCAUCUCAAUCGCCUCAAGCUGGCCAUAAAACUGCGCCAAAAGAAGUUUGUGGCCCACUCGAAUGUGCAACAGCUGCUGGCGAGCAUUUGGUACGAGGGUUUGCCGGGUUUCAGGCGCAAGAAUAUGGCAUUGCAGGCAGUGGACAUCAUACGCAUUGGCAUUUUGUUUCCCAUCUUCUCGUUGGCCUACAUCCUGGCACCCUACUCCAGCAUUGGGCAGACAAUGCGCAAACCCUUCAUCAAGUUCAUUUGCCACAGCGCCUCGUACUUCACAUUUCUGUUCCUGCUGAUGCUCGCCUCACAGCGCAUCGAGAGCUUCAUUGGCAGCUGGUUCUGGUCGGACACGAGCACGCUCAACCAGCUCAAUAAUCCAACGGAUGAGCUGCAGCUGCCGACGAAACGUGGCGCCAAACCAACCUUCAUUGAGUGGCUAAUACUCGCCUGGGUGAGCGGACUCAUCUGGAGUGAGGUGAAGCAACUGUGGGAUGUCGGUUUGCAGGAGUAUCUCAAUGACAUGUGGAACGUGAUUGAUUUCGUGACCAAUUCGUUAUAUGUGGCAACAGUUGCGCUGCGUGUUGUCUCCUUCUUUCAGGUUCAAAAGGAAAUGAUCUUCAACUCGCAGGCAACUGAUUUGCCGCGUGAGCGUUGGGACACCUGGGAUCCAAUGCUCAUAUCCGAGGGCCUCUUUAGUGCGGCAAACAUUUUCAGUAGCCUCAAGCUGGUGUACAUCUUCUCGGUGAACCCACACUUGGGACCACUGCAAGUGUCGCUGUCGCGCAUGGUCAUGGACAUCAUGAAGUUCUUUUUCCUCUAUGUUCUGGUGCUCUUUGCCUUUGGCAGUGGUCUCAAUCAGCUGCUCUGGUACUAUGCGGAUUUGGAGAAGAAACGCUGUCCGGAGGUCUCGCCCAGCCUGCUGCUGCACAUGAAUGGCACUAACGAUCCCAAUGCCUGCAUUGUCUGGCGACGUUUCUCUAACCUUUUUGAGACCACGCAGACCUUGUUUUGGGCCGUCUUUGGCCUCAUCGAUUUGGACAGCUUUGAGUUGGAUGGCAUCAAGAUCUUUACACGCUUCUGGGGCAUGCUCAUGUUUGGCACCUAUUCGGUCAUCAAUAUUGUGGUGCUGCUCAAUCUGCUGAUUGCCAUGAUGAAUCACUCCUAUCAGCUCAUAUCGGAACGUGCUGAUGUGGAGUGGAAAUUUGCCAGAUCGAAGUUGUGGAUCAGCUACUUUGAGGAAGGCGGCACCUGUCCACCGCCUUUCAACAUAAUUCCCACGCCCAAGUCCAUUUGGUAUGCCAUCAAAUGGAUGCGUCGUGUCUUCUGCAGUGGCUCCUCCGCCGCUCGACGCGAGCAUCUCAAAACCAUACGCCGCAAGGCUCAGCAGGCUAGUGAUCGGGACUUCAAGUAUCAGCAGAUCAUGCGCAAUCUGGUGAGGCGGUAUGUGACCGUGGAGCAGCGCAAAGCAGAGUCUCAGGGUGUCACUGAGGACGAUGUGAAUGAGAUCAAACAGGAUAUUUCCGCCUUCCGCUGCGAGCUAGUCGAGAUACUCAAGAACAGCGGCAUGGACACCAAUGUGACAGCUGGCCAAGGAGGAGGUGGAGGCGGCAAGAAGAAUCGCCAGAAGGAGCGUCGUCUGAUGAAGGGCUUCAAUAUUGCGCCACCUGGUUCCACUGGCUCCUUGGCACCUGUGGCUGAGUUCUCCACAUCGCUGGACAACUACGACAAUCAGCACGAGAUACUCAGCUCCACGUUGUCCACACUCUUCACGCCCAAUUUUAUGCAUCGUCGCCAGCACACGACCACAGACACCGUAGUGGGCGUGGAUUCGCCCACUUCGCCUACCCAAGGUGGCAAUGUGGCAACGACGUCAGUGCCGCCUGCAACCAACAAGUACAACAAGACCACGCUGAAGUAUAACAAACGCAUUGCGGGCCACAAGAAACGUUGGGGCACACUCAUUGAGGCCGCCAAGGUGGGCAAUGUCAGCAAGAUGCUGGGACGCUCCAAAUCUGAGGAUUCUGUUUGCAAUUCCUUGCAGAACUCGACGCCUGUGCAUGGCCAGGUGCGUGUCACCUAUGCCCAGAACUCGCCCCAGCACAGCUAUGGCUACUACGCUGGCGAACCAACUGCAGCGGUUGCAACUCCGCCGUAUCCAACACCUCCAGCAGCAACAGCAGCAGCAGCAGCUCCUGCUCCGGCGCCAAGCAACACACACACACACAUGGGCGUGGGAGCUCACUUCUUUCACACGACCACCGGUUUAACGGCCAUUGCUGCUCUGAAGCGCAAGCGUAAAAAGUUCUCGUCGAGCAAGAACAUUUGUCCGGUUACCGAGUCCAUUGCAGCGGCCAAUGCAGCGGAGCUGCUCAACGACAAGACGCUCAAGCGCGUCUCCAGCUAUCCGGCAGCCACAGCGGAGGGCGGUGUGCCACACAAGGAUCCCGCCCAAGUGCUGAGACCGCGUCGACACGAACAAACACAGAGCCAGCAUGAUUCGGUGGAGACCUCAACGGAGUUCACCAUGUCCAUUGAUCCAUCGAACACGUCUGUUAAUUCUCGAGAGCCGCUGAUCAGCAACAGCUGCGUCUCCACGAUGGGCGCCAUUGGUUGAUCACCUUUCACCCCUCACCACUCGACACUUCUUAUAGUAUUAGCACCGAGAAUAUACUAAACAGAUAUUGCAUAUAUAGUAUUAUAUGUAAUCACGACCUUGUCAUAGUCAUAUCACCGAUAACCAAAUAUCAAAUUCAGGCUUCGGCGUGUCGAAGCUUAAAUAGCCUUGUGAAAGAGUUGAAAUUAGUUGUCUGAUGAAUCCGAUGAAAAUGAAAUAACUCAAGAAACAUAUCAAACACUGAUUAUUUAUAAUCUAUAGUAAUUCAAUCUCUUUGAUAUAAAUUGAAAACUAAACAAGUCAUUUCACAAGGACCUUAACGUCACCUCUAACCGAUCAUUGCACAUAACUCUAAUUGGUUAUUGCUUCUAUCCCAGCCACAUAUCAUGUGAGUGCAUUUAAACCGACGAUUAAAUACCCUCCUGCAGGGGGGUAAACGAAUUUCUUUUCUUCAAAUCGUUAUACCAAAUACCUAUAAAACCAUCCCAUAUCGAUGUUGACAGUUGCCUUAGCAUGAGAAAUAUUUUUUGUAUGCAACUAUAAACUACCUACAGAUAUACAUAUAUACUACGGAUAUUUAUACAUACAAUAUGGUAUCUAAAAAUACAAAAACAUAUAUAUUGAUCGAUUUAUAUGUAUGCAUAAGGUAUAAGGUAGACAAUGCAUAAGUUUUGGAUGAACAUUGAAUUGCUGUACUUGUACUUGUAUUUAGGGAAGCGCUGUGUAUUCUUCAUUUCAGAAGCGAGGAUUUGAGCCAAGGAUUUUUGCAAAGCAGUUAAAUAAGAUACGUUACGCAUACGAGGCGUACGCCAGGCAUACUCGUAGCAUACACCAUAAAUUUUAUACACCGAUUUUAAGCAACGCAACAAAACAAACAGAAACACCAAACGAAUUGAAUAAUAUCGAUAAUGAUUUUAGCGUCUAUACUAAUAUAUAAUAAUACUAGUAAACGUAAAACAAAAAUCAAAAGAAACAUAUAGCAUAUGUAUCUGUAGAAUAAAUAUUGCGAAUGCAUAUACUAAAUUUUAGAUGAGUUUUAAGUUGUAAGGAAACGCAUAUGGUUAAAAGUUUUAGAUUGACACAACAGCAGCAAACAGAACAAGUAGCAACUAACACGAAAAUAACAUAUUAUCCAAAUUAACAAAA